GCUGGACGGGUCCCUCCACAACUCAUCCUUCUAGCCUUCCAGCUCAUUCUCCAGCCCACUUGCUCCAGCCCUGUCAGCUAUGGACCCCAACUGUGACUGCACAAAUGGUGGCUCUUGCACCUGCGGUGACUCCUGCAAAUGCAAAUCAUGCUCCUGUACCUCUUGUAAGAAAAGCUGCUGCUCCUGCUGCCCGGCAGGAUGUGCCAAGUGUGCCCAGGGCUGUGUCUGCAAAGCCCCCCAGACGGAGACUUGCAGCUGCUGCCACUGAUGCUCCCACCUUCCUGUGCCUGUAGAAUAGACGAAUCUGCAUGUUUUCAUGCACCAUGAAUGUUUUUCUACUUUUUCCCUUUGAAAUAUGUAAAUGAAAAUAAACUGACAAUGCUUUUCUA